UGUGCAAUGAGCAUUAUUCACACUGUAACGCUCCUUUUUAUUAUUUCUGUGUUUCUUUGAGUCUCCCCAAUAAUUGUUUUCUUUUGUAGCUUGCGGUGAAGAGGAGGAUAAUAGCGGUAAUUAAAGGUUUAGUGAUUAUAUGAAAAAGUAUAUUUAUAAGGCGUGUAUUCGUGGGAGUGAUUUAAAAGUCUUGAAACAUUUGUUAUAAAUAGUCUUUACUUAUUUCAACUGUGGUUUUCUCUAAUCAGUGGUAAUACGAAUAAUAGGAUUACAUCAUGUUGCGUCAGCCUACCAGUAACUCAUAAGGUGUCAUUCCCUAGCUUAUAAAAUAUGUUAGUAAUUUAAAAUUCAAUUAUUAACUUCAACUAAUGUCCAGCCUAUAUGCUCACCUUGCUAGCCAAUUAUUCCUGCAUUUUUAUUUAAACUCACGGUUCAGUAAAAUUAUUUGUGAAAGAAGAGAGAGAGAGAACUAGCUAAGGUUCCAAUAACUUCAGAGGCCUGUGGGUGUUGAGGGAGAGAGCACAGAAUGGCGUCUCCCUUCCCUCUGGCAACAGGUGGGUCUCGUAGCUCUGAAAUAUUUGAUUUUUCUUUUAUUUAGAAGUGAAUAUUACUGUGUUCAUGUUUAUUAUUCAUGUCUCUAGUGAAGAUAUAGUGACUGUACGUGUUGACAGAAUGGCGUCUCCCUUCCCUCUGGCAACAGAUAAAAUAGCCGGUGUUGGUCCCACGUGGAGACAGGCCACAGAGUCUUGGGAAAGUGUUAGCCAUGUAAUGUUUCUUUAGUCAAAUAUAAUCUACUGUGAAUGUGUUGUGAGCAAUAUUAUUGCCGUAGAGAAGUGAUGGAUGAAGGCUGUGACGCUAAUUAGGGAUAUAACGGUGCCCAGAAUCAAUGGUACUCUUGAGGAGUUAUAAAAGUAAUUAUUUUCUUGUGUAUUCAUAGUGUUAAGUAACGGAGUAUAAGUGUAUAUGCCAUACCAGAAUUUCAAGUGCCUUUUCUUUUUUUUUCUAGAUUAACCACUCGAUAAAGUGUCAUAGUGGGUCAGUCAACCCAAAGAAUCCCAUCAGUAUUAUUCAUUUAAUUAUUUUUGCUAUUUUUAUAUUUUUCGUUCCUCCUAAUAAAGCCACACUGUAGGUGCUGUGUGAUAAUUAACCUCUCCCUACCCUCUGGCCAUGACGAUGAAGGCGAGAACCAUUACCAAUCAAAAAUGUUUUCUUUUUUUCUAUUGUGUGUGCGUGCUUCACCUCUUCUCUCUUCCUCUUCUUUUUUUUCUUCUUCACCGUGAAGAUCUUUGCCUCGUCUCAUUAGAGCUCUGAUCGGACCGGUGAGGAGGAGGGAGGAGGGGGGGUGGCGUUACAACACCACCUUCAAAAAGCAUCAGUAUCUAUAUAAUGACAAAAAAAAAAUUACUCGUAUGGCUUACAUAAUAUUUCGUAAAAUGCCACAUUGCAUGCCUGCUUAUGUCCGGCUGGCAACCGAGCGAGAUGUUAUAACAUCUGUAAAGUGGUAAUAAGGUAGAUGGGGAAAGGUGUGGGGUGGGGGAGAAAGGGGUCAAUAUGGGCUAAUUGCUGACGGAUAAGCAUCACUUCGCCGUCGCCUCUCAACCCAGUUGGACGUCGAGGACUCAUCUCCAAGAAUGGAGCAAGCUGACAAACAUUUCAUCUUGAGAACCGCAGAACGUAUCUCUUUCCGCUUUGAUAUCUAUUUGGGAGAUGCUGUUGGUAAGCAAAGCCGUGCCGACCAUGAGGAUGUCGAUGUGGAGAGAAUGUCGGAGCCUGCAAAGAAGAAAUUGAUCUUUAGCGAUGAUGACAUGUCACCGCUGCCAGUGACCCCACCUCCUGAUGUCUUGUCAGGACAGGAGUCACAGCAGUCGCAGCAGCAACCACAGCCACAGCGGCAGCCACAGCAGCAGUUGCGGCCACUACCUCCGGAGUCACUGAUGCUGCUGCCCCCCGAAACACAGCCGCGGCGGUCAGAUGAGUUGGCUGUAGGCGGCAAUGAGGGCCAGGAGGUGAACAAGUCACAGAAAAACAGAAUAUAUAUAUAUAUAUAUAUAUAUAUAUAUAUAUAUAUAUAUAUAUAUAUAUAUAUAUAUAUAUAUAUAUAUAUAUAUAUACCCCUAAACACGCCAGAGGAUGUCAGCAUGCCAAAACUCCCCAAUGAUUCCUAG